UAGCCGGGACGUCGGUGCGCGCGCGCGUUCUGAAGUGAUCUUCUAUGGUUGAUCGAUAGUUUGUGUACUAUUGUUUUGUGUGUUGUGAUUAAUGGAUAUUAUACACGAUAUCCAGUUCCGGAUUUCGAGGUGGAAAGUUGGACGAGAACCUAAUAUUACGACACUUUGAAGCUUUAAAAAUAGCAUUUCAUAAUGUGGUAUUCAUUAUGAAAUGUCCAUGACGUUUGAAGUAUUGAAUGACGUCACAAAUUGAACAGCUACUCAUGGAACAAAAUCAAUUGAAUAAUUUAAAAAUAUUAUGAGGAGUUAAAUUUACUUUACACAUGGAUAAACAUCACUUUUCUUCUUAUAGUGAUGAUGGGUUUCGUUGUGUUUCGAAAAGUAUUUUAAGUGAAAAUGGCAACGGAUUUGUGUGUGUUUGUGAAAGUGCUGGUGAUAUUGUCAAUGACAAGGACUAGCUUUGAGAUGAUGGAAUCAAAUGUGAUUCAAAUAUGGUCAGUGCCAGGCAGUGUGACUCGCCUGCCGUGUAACCUGGCUGCAUCUGUUAGGGAUGUUGCCAUGACCAUGUGGUUCAAAAAUAACGACAGGAUGCCCAUAUAUACUGUAGACUUUAGAAAUGGACCACCAACACACUGGGCUCUGGCAGGCGAGUUCGAAACAAGAGCUCACUUUAUCCUAAACGAGUCAGAUACUAACGCAGCCCAUCUUGUUAUUGAGAAGGUUACUCAGUAUGACGAAGCUUUAUAUAGAUGUAGGAUAGACUAUAUUGAUGCUCCUACAAAAAAUUAUAAAGUCAAUUUAACCGUCAUUGUACCCCCUGACCCACCCAGAAUAUAUGACAGCGAGGGUCGAGAGAUCACUGGCAACUUAGCUGGACCUUAUCGAGAGGGACAGGAGCUAAAGCUGACCUGCCAAGCUCCUGGUGGUAAGCCCUUGCCUGAUAUCACUUGGUACCAUGGCAAUGAACGGCUAAGCAUUGCUAGAGACUCGUCCAAUUGUCAAGUGAACAUAAGAAGCUUGUCGCGUGAAAUGGGUGGGGCAAAAUUACGGUGCAGAGUUGACCCGCCCUUAUUACAGCACUUCGUCAAAGAUGUUUCGCUUAAAGUUUAUUUAAAACCUCAAUAUGUAAGGGUGACCGGAAGUGGAGCGACUCGCGCUGGCCACGAAAGAUCGUUCGUUUGUACAACGCGUGGGUCAAAACCAGCCCCAAACAUCGACUGGUUUAUAAAUGCCCAAAAAAUUGACUCAGGGCUUACUCAGGUGGAAGUUGAUGGACAAUUAACAAGAAGUAUUCUGACUUGGCGUGUAAGACGAGAAGAUAGUGGCAGAGAGCUGGUCUGUCGCGUUUCCAAUCCAUGGUUCCCAGCCUUUACUCUAGAAGAUUCUAAAGUGUUAGAAGUCAUUUACCCACCAAUACCCCAAAUAUCUCUUAUUGAACCGAGGGAAUCUCACCAGCUACGAGAAGGCGAAGAUGCGGUAUUGCUAUGCUCUGCUGAUGCAUCACCACCAGCAUUUAACUUUUCAUUCUAUAAGGGAUUUGAGGACCACCUCGUACGUGAUGAUCCUGUUGGUGGUAUAUCUGUGGAAGGACAAAAACUGUUCCUCCAUGAUCUGAGGAGGCACCAUUCUGCCAGAUAUCGGUGCAGAGCGUGGAACUCAGAAGGCAGUGGAUUAAGUGAAGCACUAAGUUUGAAUGUAUUAUCUCGACCAGAAUGCUCUGCUGGUAAUGUAGUUCAGCAAAUAGCUGGUGCCCCAGGCGGUGAAGUCAGAGCUCGCUGUUCUGUUAGUGCUCCUUCCGCAAGAGAUGCCGGACCACUUAAGUUUUAUUGGACUUAUAAUGGGACCAGGGACGUUCUUCCAAUUCCUGUAUCAAACGUCACAACAAUGGGUUCAAGUAGCACUGCUAUCCACGGAUUACCUAAUAUUGAUGACGAGGAUUUGGGCUGGUUAGCCUGCUGGGCCAGGAAUGAUAUUGGGAACCAAAGAGAACCUUGUUUAUUUAGGAUCAUGCCAGCUGGGUUUCCCGAACCUCCGAGCAAUUGCGAAAUAGAGAAUGAGGUUAUAAGAUGCGAGGCUGGCCAUGACGGCGGUCUUCCUCAAUGGUUUGUAAUGGAGGCCCUUGGGGUUAAACAGCAAGAAAUACAACGAAAUGAUCUGGAUUCCGCUAUGAAUGAUCAAGGUACUUCUGGGCGUGGAUUAACUGAGACAGUCUAUAAAACAAGCAAUGAUGCAACACCUCAAUUUCCCCUUGACUCACUUUCUCCUGGUCGUUAUACGUUUCUAAUAUAUGCUGUUAAUCCUCGUGGUCGAUCGUUACAACCCGCUGCCCUACAUAGUGUUUCUGUUAGGACUAUGGAAGACCUCGACCGACCAGGUUCACUCCAGACCGUGACACCAUCUCCACCACAACUAAGUCCCCAAGACAACAGUGUGCCUUUGCUCGUUGGUGCAGUUCUUGCCUUGGUCAUGCUAACCAUUCUUACUACUCUCUGCGUCACAUUAGUAGUAAUGUGUAAAAAGAAACCACGUCGUACGCGGGACACAGAACAAAAUGCCCUGACCCGUAAUGUUGGAGUGUCUAUGUAUAGUGGAACGGCACUCUCUCCGAGCAUAGUUCCAACCGUCGUGGUACGCGGUCACCGAGGAUCUAGGGUAUUAGCUGCUCGAUGGUCAGGAGUCUUAGAUGAUACCCAGCUUGCUGUACUUGCAUUAGAUACAAGGCCGCAUUGUAAGCUUGAAGCAGAUAUGGACGUUCAUAGUGAAGACGACAUUCACGAAACUGAAUUUAUACGGCACGAGAACAUGGAGACGCAAACCGAUUCCUAAAGUAAUCUAAAAAUAAACUAAUUAUUUCCGAAAUGCUUACUAUUAUGUGGUUUUAAAAGACAAUAGAUUAUGACGUCACUUCAACAUUGAAUCUUAAUAACACGUAAUUCCAAGUAUGCGCCAUCAGUGUUUAAAUAUAUGUACAUCAAAAUUAGGUUUUCUCGUUAAACGACUCCAUUAUAGACCUUGUUAGCGAGUACUAAUAUUAUUAGCCUAUUAUUGAAGAUACGUGGUAUUUUGAAUAAUAGUUGUCGUGUAGUAGUCUUUCUAAAAUUUAUGCCCUGCUAUGUGACAUACAUAAUAUUCAAUAUAUAAAUAACUUAAUUGUUGACUUACAUGAUAGGUUAUAGGAUAAAAACACUGAGCAAUUGUUACCGAAACACAUUAAUAUUUUCAAAACAUUUAAUGUAAAGUUGAAAUUGAAAUUCCAAAUAAUUUAAAUAAAAUAUUAUGGAACCUAAACAAUUCAAUUACCUCCUUAUCUGUGUAUGCCCCACGUUGAAAAACACUGCUCUUUUAAUAUUUUGUACAUUCAAGUGAUAAGUUGCAUGCAUUCAGUAUUAUUUUAAUGUUAUAAGGUAGAUUGUAAUUCAAGAUAGCGUGUCCUAGUAAAUUAUUAGUCGUUAUUGAUACGUUUUCACAUUAGAUUAUACGUUAUAUAAGCAGAAGAAGGCUAUGGGAAAGAUUCGGAGGUGAGACGUAACGCCUUCUCCCGUAUGUAAAAAUUAAAUGCUUUUUAAUAGAAAUUCACCAAAGAAUCUGUAUUACCAGCCUUUAGUAGUUAGCUUUCCAUAUAAAUAGAAUACAUUUACGGGUAUAUUUUUAAGUUCUAGAGAUUAUGUAUUUCAUUUUUGUUAAGUAACGGACUCAAAAUAUAUUUAAUCAAAAUAUUAUAUUAACAUAAUGUAACACAAUGAAUACUUAGGAAGUACAAUCUCUCAAAUGAAUGGCGUAGAACUGACAAUAAACUCCCCGAUACUCUUUUAACGUUUAAAAAAGAUAAGAAGUCCAAUAAAUGUGUAAUCAUAAUUAUGGUAUAAUUAAUAAUUUCCAUUUAAAGUAGGAUAAUAAUUAGUAACCUAGAAUAUUUAUUUGACCAUACAUAUUUUUUAUUUCAUCUUUGUUGCAUUUUCACAAUUCAUUGAUUCCUAUUUUUCGAAAUAAUAGUCUGAAUAAUUGAUAACAAACUGCAUUUUACCCAAUACAUUUUUACUAUAUGAGAUUGAUUAACUUUACUUAUAUUUUUAUUACUGUCAGUGCAGUCACAAAGUGUCUUUACACAGAUCCCACGAAACAUUGUUAUAUAUACUGGUUAAAUUUGAUAAUAAUAAAAUAUAGCUAAAAUAAUUGUAUUUCUUGACGACUGUCACACAAAGCUUAUUUUUCUCUUCUUUAGUCUCGAUUCUUGAUGUCUCGACAAGAAUAUGUAAUGUAACACACGCGUUAUCAUAAAUAGUGAAAAACUUUGUCUCAAUGCAAGUGGUUGUUAGAAAAGCGACAAGAGAAGGGACGAGGCAAGGCGAUAUCAUCAUAUUAUGCUCUCGAUCACGAACGAACUCGUGAUGUUUCGAUGAGUAUGAAUACGACAGUCGCCAUAAAAUAUCCAUAAUAUGACUUUAUGACCCUUGAAUUGUAUUUAGUUCUAGCGAAAACAAUCAUUUGCUUUUAGUCAAAUCUAUGUCACGAUUAAGUAUCACAGCAAUCAACUGUUCCAUCGGAUUAUAUUAAUAAAGUAUAUUUUAA